AUGACAACAGGCAGAUUGAACAUAAUAUUUUCAUUUGGCAGAAAUUAUUUGCAACGCUUGGAGCAAUUCGAGAAAGCUAUUUUGGCGUACAACGAAGCUUUGCGGUGGAAUAACUCCGACGUACGUUCUCUCCUCGGAAGAAGUUUGGCCCGUGCUAAGGCAACACACUAUGCUGGUGCUUUAGCAGAUGCCGCUCGCGCUGCUGAACUAGAACCAGAAAAUGUAACAGCUUUACAAAUAAAAGCACAAACCGAGUAUGAGAAAUGCGCAUUUGAAAAGGCCUUGGUGUUGGCAUGUCGAGGACAACGGCUGAGGCGGUUUCCGCCUAAUUUUGGUGACUGUGCCAGAAGUGCUGAAGAAACGAUCAGAGAAUGUACAGAUAAAAGUGCAGAGAAAGUGCUAUCUCGCACAGUCAAAGUAAUACCACUAAUAGAGUUGGUUGAAGAUAAAAUGGAUGUCGGCACAAAGGUUCAUACGCGCUCAACUAGAAUGCAAAAUCAGUCAACCCAUCAAAUUCAAGAAAUAUCUCGUGUGGAAAAGCAGAGGGCCGAACAUAUAUCCCGUGUAAUGGCUUCUAAGUAUUUGGAACGAAUGGCGCAUGACAAAUAUUUCCUUACGGCUAUUUGCAAGGAUGAAAGACUUAGAUCUGCAAACAGAUUGGGAUCAAAGAAACUGCAAGAGUUAGCUCAUAAAGCAUUAGCUGAUAUUGAAAAGCGGCAAGCUGUAUUACGUGAACGCAGACCAAUGUAUGCUGCUCGUGAAUCGGAAGCCGCAGCAAGAGCGCGACUAUCAAAAGCGCGUAAACAAAGAAUUGGAAACGUUCGACGUCAACAUACAACAGAUGCGCGUCGUUUAGUCAAUGCCGCUCAAGAAAUAUAUGAAAAACGUGACACAACGAAAUGCCUAGAAGCAGCAGAGUUCGCGAUGGAACAAAUCGCAAGGAUUCCAGCCAAUAUGCUACCAGCCAAAGACAAGUUUUUACAACAGUUGUAUGACAUCGUCGGAGAAGCUUUCUUAGAUCAGGUC